AUGGACAAUAUAGAUAGUUUUGAAUUUGUAUCUUUUGCUCUGGAUUCGAAUAAAAAACCCUUGUUAUUCAUCAACCUAUACGUCCAAAAUUUCCCGGCAGAACCCCUCAAGACUCUCAUUGAUUCAGGAGCCACAUCGAACUUCAUCUCCCCUUCGAUUGUGGAAAAAUAUAGAAUCCCAAAAACCCAACUCGAAAAUCCACAAGUUGUCCACCUCACCGCCUCGGCCAAUGGCCAUACCCACUCCAUCCCAUUUCUUGUUUGCCCCAUUGGCAACACCCCGGCAAUCCUAGGCAUGACAUGGUUAACGGCAGAAGCUCCUCUCAUCGAUUGGCAACAGGGACUAGUCACAUUCCCUGAACAGGUUCAAAUUGCCUCCGAGGAAGAAGCAGACUCAGACCCUUUAGCAGACCUCCCCCCUCAGUAUCAUGAGUUUGCUAAGGUUUUCGGCGAAGAAGAAUUCAAGGUUCUCCCUCCACAUAGGGAAUAUGACAUCUCUAUUGACCUUGUCCCAGAUGCCAAACUGUCUCCUGGCCCCAUAUACGGCAUGACUGACGCGGAGUCAAAAGCGCUAAAACAGCAUAUUGAUGAGGAACUAGCAACGGGCAAAAUCCGCCCUAGUACCUCCUCGGCAGGCGCCCCGGUCAUGUUUGUGAAAAAGGCUGAUGGGUCCCUCCGACUAGUGGUUGACUACAGGAAGCUGAAUGACGCCACGCACAAGAACGUCUACCCACUCCCUAGGCAAGACGACUUGAUGGCCAAGCUUAGACACGCAAAGAUUUUCACGAAAUUGGACUUACGCUGGGGAUAUAAUAAUGUCAGGAUCAAGGAAGGAGAUGAAUGGAAGACGGCUUUCAGGACCAAAUAUGGGCUAUUUGAAUAUCUGGUUAUGCCAUUCGGUCUCACUAAUGCCCCGGCCGCCUUCCAACAUUUUAUGAACAACCUAUUCCGGGAUCUCAUUGACGUCACAGUGGUCAUUUACUUGGACGAUAUCCUGAUUUUCUCAGAAAACCCUAAGGACCACCCUAACCACGUCAGGGAAGUUCUGUCUUGGUUAAUGAAGAACCAGCUGUUCUGUAAACUCUCCAAGUGUCACUUCCACGUCACCACGGUGGAUUACUUGGGCAUAGUCAUUUCCCCCACAGGCUUUUCCAUGGACCAGAAGAAGAUCGAGGCGGUCACGUCGUGGCCCCAGCCCAAAACAGUCAAGCAGGUACAGGCAUUCCUAGGGUUCGUAAAUUACCUCCGCCGCUUUAUCCCCAACUUCAGUUCGGUAGCACGCCCCCUCCAUAAUCUCACAAAAAAGGAAUCCCCUUGGUCAUGGGGGAAUUCAGAGGAAACUGCGUUCAAGGAAUUAAAGGCAUUGGUCACCCAAUCCCCGGUUCUGAUCCACUCCAAUCCCGAGCUUCCCUAUUACCUGGAAACAGACGCUUCAGGAGUAGCUAUGGGUGCCAUCCUGAGUCAAAGAGGUCCAGAUAACCGGCUGCAUCCCAUUGCCUAUAUGUCCAAGUCCUUCUCAGGAGCAGAAGCCAAUUACAACACCCAUGAUAAGGAGCUCCUGGCUAUCAUCAAAGCGCUAGAGGAAUGGAGGAUAUUCUUGGAAGCAACGGACAAACCGGUACAGGUCUUCACGGAUCAUAGGAAUCUGGAAUAUUGGAUGCAGGCACGGACAUUUAACAGAAGGCAUGCCCGAUGGCGCAUAUUCCUGAGCGAUUUCAACUUUGAGAUCCACUAUCGCCCGGGAAAGCAAUCAGGGAAACCAGACGCCCUGUCCAGACGAUCGGAUUACGUUGAUACAUCACCAGAACCGGAGGUAAUGCUCCCCGCAGAGGUCUUUGCCAAUACAUCAGAAGAGGAGCUGGAAAUUGUCACGGAAAUACGCUCCAAGCUAAGGGAAGAUCCAUCCAUUGAGCCUAUCAUCCAAUUCCUAACUGAAGACGUGGAUAACGCUCCUCCCUCCAUUCGGAAGGCUUACAGAGACUACAACUGGGAGGAAGAUUUACUAUGGUAUCGAGGGAAACUUGUGGUCCCGGACUCAGAGACCCUAAAGGAACGGUUACUCAGGGAAUUCCAUGACUCCCCACUAGCGGGUCACCCGGGUCAACAGAGAACCCUUGAACUCCUAAGUCGGCUUCCCAAGUCCCAAGGUCACGACGCUAUACUAGUGGUAAUAGACUCCUUUUCCAAAUUUGGCCACUUCAUCCCCACUUCCAAGAAGGUCACAGCAAGGGGUCUGGCGGAUCUAUUCAUUACCCACGUCUGGAAACUCCAUGGGUUACCUGUCAAAACAGUCUCGGAUAGAGGAACCACCUUCACGGGGAAAUUUCUAAGGGCACUUUACCAGCGACUUGGAGUGAAACCAGCAUUCUCCUUGGCUUAUCACCCAGAGUCAGAUGGGCAAACGGAAAGAGUCAACCAGUUCAUCGAAUUUUACCUACGCUCCUACGUAGCAGCCAAUCAUUCUGAUUGGGCAGCUUGGUUACCAUUGGCAGAAUAUGCGUACAAUAAUGCCAAACACGCAGCAACAGGAAAAACACCCUUUGAACUGGUCUACGGACAAAACCCAGUGAUGAACCCUUCCAACGUCCCAGCCAACGUACCAGAGGCAGACAAUGUAGCAGACACACUAGCCCGGGAAUGGAAGGAAGCCGAGUCAGCCCUCAGACUAAGCAAAGAACGGAUGACCAGGGACCAAGGAACAAUACCGGAGUACUCGAUAGGAGAGAAAGUCUGGCUGGAUGGAAAGAACGUAGAACUCAGGACCAAUUCAAACAAGUUGGACCCCAAACGUCUUGGUCCCUUCAAAAUCCUUGAGAAAAUCUCCAGCCACGCCUACCGCCUAGAACUCCCAGAAACUCUGAAAAUCCAUGACGUCUUCUAUGUGGGGUUGCUAUCAAAGAGCCACGAGUCACCAAGUCAACCAUUUCCGGAACGACCUCCCCCUGAAACAAUAGAAGGGGAGGAGGAGUAUGAAGUUGAACAGAUCAUCAACUCAAAACGUCAACGGGGAAAAUGGUUCUACCUGAUAAAAUGGAAAGGUUACGGUCCAGAAGAUAACUCCUGGGAACCCAAGGAACUCCUAGAACAUAGUCAAGAGGAGAUCCAACGCUUCAACAAGUCGCGACUGAAAAAGGCUCGUGACUCCGCCAAGAGCCUUUAA